CUUCAACUCUCUGCAACACCACCCCAGUUCAUGGCAGAACCGGCUGAAAAAUCUAGCUCGAGUCAGCAGGGCAAAUCAAAUGAUUCUAAUAACCAUGAACAUACGAAUUUAUCCGAUAGGACAACUCAAUCCCUGCUGAACUCGUAUAUCUAUGAUUAUCUCGUAAAGAAAAACUAUUGGGAAGCAGCACAAGCGUUUGGACAGGAAGCGCAAGUUCAAACGCUUGUGAGACCUUUUAGUAAAAAUUCGGCGACUUCUGGUAAGCAAACAGCUUCUUCCCCGGCAAACGUUAAGCGAGAGAGCCCAAAUUUGAACGAGCCACAAAACUCUGAAUCUACUAAACAAGUUCCUAGUCAUACAGAUAUAGGAAGAGAUCCUCCUCCACCUCCAGUUUUGCCAAUUGACUCCGCAGGUGGUUUUUUGAUUGAAUGGUGGAACGUUUUUUGGGACAUUUACAGUGCUCGCAGAGGAAAUGGUUCAGAGCCUGCCAUGGCUUACAUGUCUCAUAUUAACAAUUUGAGGAAGAAGUCUUACAUGAAUAUGCAAUUGUUACAAAAGAAUUUAAUGCAAUCGGGACCCCCGAGCAACAUGUAUCAGGUUCCCACGGCUCCCCAGAUGUACAAUGGAGAUCCUGUUCACCAUUUUGAUUCAUCCAGGACGCCCCAUGGAAACGGAAUGCUUAUGGAUAGAAAUCGUCAGCAGCUGAUGCGUCAGGCUGUAAUGAAUAAUCAAGGUAGAGAAACUUUCCCUCCUACUGCUGCCCAGCUUCAACAGCUAAAGCAGCUACAUUAUCGCCAAUUACAAUCACAAAAGCAGCAACCUGAGAAUCCAAACACAACCCAUAUUCCUCCUGUUUUUCCUACUCCAGCAUCUAAUCCGCAAUCGAAAACGCCGCCAGUUAUGGGACCUGUUCCUCAAGAUUCUUUCCCAUCUAAACAAAAAACGCCUGCUCCUGAAUUUAGAAAUUAUCAAACGCAUGGAAUAAGUGACGCUAAUCCUAAUGCGGCAGCUGCAGUCGGUGCUUCCAUACCUGGUCAGAGAUUAAGCCAGCCGCUGACGCCUAAUUCUAUUCCUCACCCCCCAGCUGCAUUUGAUUCUACUUUAGCAAAUCCAGGAAACUUUAUGGUUCCUGGAAAUUCUGCACAACCGCUGCUCCAUGAAGUGAAUUUUCAAAACAAUGGAACAUACCAUCAAAGACAAUUUAUGCCGUCUUAUUCAAAUCCUCCUUUGCCACAGAAUGCUCCUGAUAAAUCCCAGGUACUUCCACAACGUCCUAGAGUACCGGUAUCCCAACCAAAUCAGUAUGGAUUCCAACCACCACCUCCUUAUGGACAGCCAAUGCUCUACGGAAUGAAUGCUCCUUCAGCACCUAAUAAUGUAAAUCCAGCAUUAAAAAACUAUAUGGAAGAACUGAAGUUGCUUGAACAACAGAAUAAAAAACGUUUACUUAUGGUUCGUCAAGAGAAAGAGCACCGCAUGUAUCAAUCUACAUCACCAGAAAACAGAAGCUUUCCUGCCCAUCCAGAUAUAAAUUCCGGAGCUGCCUUCAAUGUUAUACCAAAAACAAAUGAAAAACAACUUGAAAAUACGGCUUCUGAAAACGUUAUGACUAGCUCUGAUGCGGCAUCGAUGGGAGCAAUAAAUCGUCCUAUUGCGUCAGAACAACGAGCGUCCCCAUAUUGUUCUGAAAAAAAUAUGUCUAUAAAUUAUACGGGGCUUGUCGCAAGUCCUGCAGAUUCCGCAAUGCAUUCUCCAGAUAUUAAUAGCGCAUUGAGUCGCUCUGGUAGACCAACUCCGUACCGGGAAUCGCCAACAGGAAUAAAAACGAAAAGACGGCGUCAGUCUAAUACGCCUACCACAGAUUCUCCUAUUGUAAAUGCGGUUCAAAAGGAUGAUCGAUCAGAAUUACAGUCGGUCCCUGCUGUUCCUUCAGUUGAUCCCUCGAUGAAAAACAUUAAUUUUCAAGAUAACGGUGUGAGUAUGCAAAAUGACCAACAAUUUCAGGGAAAUAUUUCUAGCACGAAGGAAGCCGGACAAAAUAAAUCUUCUAUACCAGGUUCUGGAAAUAAUAUGGAAAACCCUCCAAAUGUUCCUGUAUUGGAUGCUCCUGGAUCUACUGACCUUGAUGCAGCUUUGUUGAAUGAUUUUGAUUUUGAUAAGUUUCUUAAAGAUACAAGCACGACAGAUGACAUUGGAUUCGGGUUAUUCAAUAUGCCGGACAAUGCGGAUCAAACGACCAGUUAGCACUUGUGAUAUAACCUAUUUUUGUUUAUAUUUUUUUCUACUCGUCUAUAUAUACUUUUUUUUUGUUUUCGUCGUUUUAAUGGUUUAUUUUUGUUCAACAUGUCCCUAUAUAUGUUACCAAAAAUGCUGGGUAUGAACGUUCAGUCAAUGAUUUUUAUUUUAUGUUCAUCGUCGUAUGGAAUUUCUUUAUUCUCUCUUCGAUGGAAAACCAUAACAUUAUGUUAUAUAAGGAUGCACCUACCCAUCUUUAAUGUACCUUUUUUUUUGCAAUAAAUUGUUUAGUUGUUUCUUUUCCUUUAAUGUACACUACGCAUUAUUCAGAUCUGUUCUUCGAAUACUAAUAAUGAGCAAGUAAAUUGAGUCCAAAAAGUUUACCUCGAGAUAUUGAAUAAAUAAAAAAGGCGAGCAUUCCUAUUCAUUGUAACGGUGUUUAACCAAAACCCAG